GUUCUACAGCAGCGGAGGGGUGAUACUUGGUUGAUACUCUAAGUACCGGCGAUAUCAUUUCUGCUAGUCACUAGAUAAUGCUCAGGGAAGAGACGUCUGUUCUCGAUCGUCAGUAUUCGUACUGUUCUGACUAAAGUGUUCCGUCUGUGAUUCCAUUAUGAACCAUUGGUCACCCGUGUGGCGAUCAAUACGGGGGCGGUGAAACGGGGUGACUACUGCCUGUGAGGGUGAUUACUAUCGUGACGUGUAUGUCACGUUUAGUUCAACGAGAAUCCUUCUCGAAAGCGAAACAAAAUAAUUCUUGUAGGAGAAUAUUGUGGUGUCGCCAAUAGCCAACGAUAAUCCAUCAAUUGAUAACACAAAAAAUUUUUCUAACGCUUUUCUAUUUCGUGUAAAAUAGUUAGCACAGACGUGCUCUCAACGAUUCUACCGGUGUCAGAAUAUACAGCUUAUGCUUUAAGAAUUUUACACACGCGUUUCGUGCAUUCGUUUGAGCUUAUCUCGAAAGCAACGCCUCUUUUCCACGCGACAAUUUUGACCGUAGUGUCAGAUCAGAGUACGAGUUAGUAUGAAACGCAUUUUCGUUCUGGAUGGAAAAAAUUGGAACACAACCGAGUUGUUUUCCAAUUGUCGCUGAGGUAUUCCAUUAACUGAUUUAAUUUUUUCGUCGCGUGUAAUGCGGCGUGCACGAGCGUGACAUAAUGUGAACGAAAAUAAAAAAAAAACGAACACGCAACACAAAAUCUAUUCCAGAUAAAAAUAAUUCACACAUCGUUGAAUACUAAUUUUGUACGUUAUCUUUUGUGAAAGAGAUAAUAACACUGUCAUAUUUGUGUUAAAUUAUGAUGACUGGAGGAGAUACUUGACACGAAAGACAAAUUGUGCAAAGAUAAAUACGAAAGGAACUUACGAGCGAGUGCUGUAAAGCAGCAGCGUGCUGUAAGUGGAGGGAUAGCGAACAGCUUGCUCGACGGCGCUCGACUAUUUGUUGUCUCCUUUUUUCUUGAGCUGUCUCCUUCAAGGAAAGGAAAGAAAGAUAGUCGAUUAUUGAUCGCUCGCUGCUGUAAAAGAUUCGAGACUGGAAACACUGCUUCCAUGAUGCUGAUUGGUUCUCUCACUGCGCUUACUACGUGUUUCAAGAGUAGCUGCCAUUGCGAUUGAAUUUUGACAGCUGUCAAAUUGAAAGAAAAAAGUAGGAAAGGAAAGAGAUAGGUGGAUAGAUAGAUUAAGAGAUAGAAAAAGAGAAAGAAAGAUUACGGGAGACACAAAAAAUUAAAAGGAGAAACAGCGAUUUUUUCAGAAAGAAGGAACAAAAAGAGAUAGAAAGAAAGUUUAAGAGAGAAGACAUUAUGAGAAAUAUCAGUAUAGCAUAGUCCAAUGAGAAAAUCCAUAAAAAUGAAAAAGAGAUUAUUGUGGUGCGGUUUCGCUUUCGCUGUCGUGCUUCUUAUCCUUAUGAUUUCGACUGAGAGCAACAUCAUUCAAAGGAUACCAUUCCUCGACGUAACGACGGUCAACGAUAUCAGAUGCUACAAUGAAGAUUCGACCACAAAAGGCAUCGAUGAUUUCGAUUCGGAAACAAAUGUCAACAAACCAGUACCCGGUAGAAAUAUUUUCUUCCAUGAAACUUCUUGUUUCGGCGAAGAGGGUUUUACGUUAAAUGCUCGACAAGCCUGUGCCGUGGAAUCAGCUGCGCGGAUGAAUCCAUCGAUGACCGUAUACCUGUUGUUCAUCAGCAAGUUGGACUUCUCGAACAGCACGCGUGAGAUCGUCAGGCAUCUUUUCAACUAUCCCAAUGUCAGAAUCCAACAUAUUGAUUCGCAGAGAUACGUCAAGAAUACACCCUUGGAUGCAUGGUACUCCAGCGGCGUCCUUAAAAAAAGCCAUUGGCCAACAAGUCACAUGUCCGACAUGCUGCGUUAUUUGACUCUGUGGAAAUAUGGCGGUAUCUACCUCGAUCUGGAUGUAGUGGUCACUAGCUCGCUAGAAAAUCUAACAAAUUUUGCCGGCGCUGAAGAUUCGGACGACGUCGCUGCCGGUGUCAUGGGCUUCGAUAUGUCGAAGCUAGGUAGGCGCGUGGCUGACGCUUGCGUGCGUGAUUUCAAAAAGAAUUUUCGCGGCGAUGUCUGGGGUAACAAUGGACCUGGAGUUAUCACGAGGACGCUGCAGAAACUUUGUGCAACAAUGUAUGCACGUGAUAUGACGACCGAUCGUUGCCAUGGCUUCACCGUAUAUCCACCGUCAGUUUUCUAUCCGAUUCACUACAAAAAAUGGAAGAAGUAUUUUGAAAUAAAAGACAGUAACGCAACUUUGAAGAUAUUGAGUAAGGCGAAGGCGAUUCACGUAUGGAAUAAGUUGAGCAAAACCGAAAAGGUUCGAGUAAACAGCAAUGUACCAUAUGCCGUUAUCGCACGAAAUUAUUGUCCUUACGUUUUUAAUAACUACGGUAAAAUAUUUUAAAUCUAAACCUAAUUAGAAUAAAAAAGGAGGUUCUGUUCGACCGACAUGAUAUAUUGGAAACGUUCCACACGCGAUAUCUGUAGAACGAGUUUAUCCGAUGCAAUUGGAACAGCGAUGACAUUCGUCAAAUAAAAUUUAACGAGACAAAGGCUGAUUUAGAAAAGUAUUCCAUUCAAUGUUUUUUCU